UUGAGCAUAAAAUACUUUUACAGAUGCUGGAAUAAAAUUUCAAUAUCAGAUUUAGAACGAAAAUCUCAUUGGAAUGUCUGACGUAAAAAGUGGUUACUGUCAAACUGUCAAUGCGUAUGUCAAAGACAUGUGGUUGGUUUUAAUUUGUAAAUAGUCGCUGAUAUUUUUACUUUGUAUAUGUAAUCAUUAUAUGUAUCAUAUUAUCAUAAAUUAUGGACGAAGAAAAAAAAACUGAACGCAAAAGAAAAAGGUUCGCAGCUCGAUUAAAGAGUUCUAAAGGAAUAACUUGCACUGAAGUGCAUGGACCGAAUAUAGUGCUAUGCAACGGCGGGCAAGCAACGGGCCUAGAAAAAGUAUAUGUAUUUAGUUUAAUUAAGGAACAUGGUUUAAGUAUAACUUUACCUAAAUAUAUCGCAGAAAAAGGAGAAAGCCAUUCCUUUUUAGUGUUUGAUACAAAGGAGGAUGCUUUGUUAUUUUAUAAUACUUUCAAUGGGAAGGCCAAGGCAGAUAAUAAGGGAACUCCACUUUAUAUGAACUUUGUUGAAACAGUUCCCAAUACAGAAAUUAUAUGCAGACAUGAAAAUCCCAAAGGCCUAUUAUUACUUAAUGAUUUCAUUACACAAGAAGAAGAAAAUGCUUUCAUAAAACUUUUUGACUGGAACCCAGAAUCCAAUAAUUUGAAAAAUAGACUAGUGAAACAUUAUGGCUAUGAAUUUAGAUAUGGCAGUAACGAUGUGGACCUAAAUAGUCCACUGAUAGAUAAAAUUCCUAAGGAAUGCAAUAUUUUAUGGAAGAGGUUGGAAGAAAAAGGAUUUAAUGUUGGUGUGCCAGAUCAACUAACAGUAAAUAAAUAUUCUCCUGGACAAGGUAUUCCAUCUCAUGUGGAUAAGCACAGUCCAUUUGGAGGUGCCAUAUUGUCUCUUUCACUUGGUUCUGAUGUGGUAAUGGACUGGAAACAUCACAGCGGCAAAUAUGUACCAACCUUAGUACAGGCAAGAUCUCUUCUUGUUAUGCAAGAUGAGGCCAGAUACGACUGGCAGCAUGGCAUCCAACCUCGCACUUGGGAUCCAGUCAUUGAGAAUCGCCUUGAAAACUCACAUAAAAUUAAAGUGAUAACAAGUGACACUACAUUAAGAGAAACGCGUAUCUCUCUAACAUUCCGUUGGACGAGAAGUGGUCCCUGUGAGUGUGAAUAUAAGACACUCUGUGAUAGUGUUGAGAAAGUUAGUGCUGAUAACUUGGAAGAUGAACUAGCUUCGAAUUUAGAAGAGUUGCAUGUACAUCAGGUAUAUGAACAAAUAGCAGGCCACUUCAGUACAACUCGGCACAAACCUUGGCCCAAGGUGGUGGAGUUCAUGCAAGGAGUUCCACUUGGCAGUGUUGUUAUGGACUUAGGAUGUGGGAACGGUAAGAAUAUACUAAGAAGAAAUGACAUAAUGCAGAUAGCAGGUGAACGUAGUUCCGGGCUACUAUCAGAGUGCAAGGAACAUAUUCAUGGUAUUGGAGCAGCGGACUGCGUACGUUUGGAUCUACUGCACUCCAUGUUGAGAGAUAACAGUGCAGAUAUUGUCAUAUGUAUUGCUGUCAUACACCAUUUUAGUAGCAAGGCCAGAAGGCUACAAGCAGUGUCUACUAUACACCGUUUACUCCGCCAAGGAGGGCGCGCUCUCAUCACUGUUUGGGCCAAGGAUCAAACGAAAUCAAAUUAUCUUCUAAAAAGUAAACAAGACCAAGUUGAUGAGACCCAAGAGACUCAGAUCACGGUUGGGGGUGUCAACCUUCCAGUGCACGAAAACCGCACACAAUUCAAACACCAAGAUCUAUUAGUACCAUGGAAGUUAAAGAAAGUAUCUGAAAAUAAAGUUUCAAACAAUGCAGAAAACACUUUACUACGGUACUAUCACGUAUUUGAAGAAGGUGAAUUAGAUGAACUAUGUAAAGAAGCUAAUUUAAUAAUAGAAGACAGUUUCUACGAAGAGGGCAAUUGGUGUGUUGUGUGUAAGAAAAAAUAAAUUUAAUGAGGUAACACUUUGUACUUUCUUUUUUUAAUUUGAAAAUGUCUCAUUCUACAAAAUUAGAAAAAAAAUGACUAUAAAACAAUAAGUUUAACAAUGGAGACUUGCGCAUAUGUAUAAUGAAGUAAUUAUCGAACCACUAACGUUAAAUAAAUAUCAAAGUAAUUUUAACAGAUAAUAUUUUUUUAUUUAUUUCGAUUUAUUUAUUUUAUUUAAAAUUGCCCCGAAGUCAGUGACUUAAAUGUAGACCAAAGUAGUAUUACUGUUAUCUUUUCCACAACUUUCCACACAGUGAGGAUAAGAGUACGGUUAACUUUUUCAUUAGCUAUUUGAAAUUGAAAGUGACACUAUCAUUUUUAUCACGCCGUCUGCCCGUAUUGCACAUAAAUCAAUAAUUCUAAUAAAAACCUUACAAGUCACGUAAAUAAAAUAUUAUUUAUUUGAACUUUGUUGUCUAAAUGGCUAGUAUCCAACUUUGACAAAUCUCG